AUGGAUUCUGGUUAUAUCUGGCUUGGCCUUUACUUUCUAUUCAAUCUAUCUUUAACACUCUAUAACAAACUAUUACUCAUCAACUUUCGGUAUCCUUGGACAUUAACCGCUAUUCAUACACUAUGUGGAACCAUUGGCUGUUACAUACUUUAUUCCUUCAACAUCUUUACUCCUGCAAAGCUAGGAGAUCGUGAAAAUAUUGUCAUGAUUUUAUUUUCUGUACUCUAUACCAUCAACAUUGCCAUCAGUAACGUCUCUCUAAAUUUAGUAUCGGUUCCCUUUCAUCAAGUUGUACGUGCAAUGACACCAGUAUUUACCAUUCUGUUAUCGAUCUUAUUCUUACAAAAGUCAUACCCCAAAAUGAUUUACCUGUCGCUAUUACCUGUCGUUUGCGGAGUCGGAUUUGCUACCUUUGCCGAAUAUGACUAUAGCUUCAUCGGAUUCGUCUUGACUGUUCUCGGCACCAUAUUGGCUUCCGUCAAGACCAUUGUCACCAAUCGUGUUCAAGUUGGUCGCUUGAAGCUCAACCCACUUGACUUACUCUUCCGCAUGUCUCCGCUCGCCUUUAUCCAAUGUAUCAUGUAUGCUUAUGUCACAGGCGAAUUAGAUCAAGUCAAGCAGUUCUCCGAAGCCUCAAUGACAUGGAGCCUUGCGCUCGCUUUGCUAUUUAACGGCGUUAUCGCAUUUGGGCUCAAUGUUGUCAGCUUUACUGCUAAUAAAAAGACAAGUGCCCUCACCAUGACAGUGGCUGGUAAUGUCAAGCAGGUCUUGUCUAUCAUCCUGGCUGUUGUUAUCUUUGACUACGUUAUCAACGCCAUUAAUGCGUUUGGCAUCAUCCUUACUCUCUUGGGUGGUGCCUGGUACGGGUAA